AGAGUAUACUUGCAAAAGAAGUGUCCUUGUGGUAGUAUUUCAGAUGGGUUAGAGUAGCAUUCCAAUAAUGUCAACAACCAGUUAUUAAAGUAUGGUAAAUUAAGUUAAACCAACAAAUAAAUUUAGAUAUAGAACUCCCAUUGAUUAUUUUCAAUUAUAUUUAUACCUACUAAAACUAAAAGGUAGCAACUUUUGAAAUGCGAUUUCUUAUACAGUUGUCUUAUUCCUAGUUUUCUGCUACAAAAAAGCUUUGUAAUAUAAUAAGUAAUACUUAUUUUAUCAUUUAUGUUAGUAUAAUUCCAGGAAACCAAAGGUAUCUUAAUUUGAGUAAAUUUACCUUAUUCGAUAAUUACUAAUCACCUUUAAGAUGUUUUCCAGCAGUCCAGAUAAAUUAUUUGAAAAUACCUUAAGAUGUUUUUCUAACUCUUUUACCGUGUCCCUGUUUCAGGUUGCAACUCAAAAUUCUAGUUGGCAAGUUUUGAUAGAAGGAGAUCACAAGGCUCAGGAGUGUGGUGUCUUGUUUAAUGAAACCAGUGCCAAGGCAGGAUUUAAAAUAAAGUGCUCGAAGCAAGCAGGAGGAAUGGAAUGUGGUUAUUUUGUUAUGAAAUAUAUGAAAGACGUUGCGUCAGAUGUCAAACUCUUGAAACAAAAUGUGAUGUUAGUUGUCUGGUUGGGCGAUAUGUACUUAUGAACAUAGUGAUCAUUUUUCAGUGUUGAUGAACGAGGCUGCUAGGAAGACUUGAUGAUGUGAAGCUGGCUGGGCGAUAUGUACUUAUGAACUGUUAUUGGCGUUGUAUGUACGAUGUGUAGGAUGCUCACUUUUUGGACAAAACUAUGUAGUGGUAAAGUGAUCACUUUUGUGUUGGAACUUGCUGGAAUUUUUGUCAUGUUUUGUCCAGCAUACCUAGAAUGGCAAAGUUCAACAACAAUGUAUCUUGGAGUUUGACAUGAAUAUUAUGCUUUAAAUG